AUGAGGCGCGAGAAGAAACAACGCGUCCCACCAGCUACACAUAUCUCCAGACCCAACUCCAACUACAGGAUUGCCAAAUCUACACGGUCCCCAUUCAAGCCCAAGCGGCCCCCUGGCCGUCCCUUCAAGAUGCCGGUCCGAUCGACAACUGCGCCCCCGGUUCCGUCCCCGGCGACCCCGAAUCUCGAAUCGACCCCGGCCCCGCGCCGGCUGUCGAUGCUCGAGAGUCUGCCGGUAGAGAUCCUGGAGCAGAUCUUUCUCAAGUCGCUGAAUCUGAACCUGCCACGAGCAUCACCUGUUAUCGCCGCCGCAGUCUCGAGAGAAAAAAUCUACAAGAUCCUUAUCAUCCUUGCCCUUUGGGAUGAUAACUCGACCAAUCCGGACAGUGAGCCUAUCAAGCGCAUCCUGCGGCCGCUGAAAUACGUACCCCUCGAGCUCCCCGAGCGAGGUAUGCUACAGCAAGAGGUUCUUCGCACUCGGUGGUGUACCAUGGAGCGCGUGCGCGAGCAGAUACCAACUCUCAUGAUCCUCACUAUCCACCGACUAUGGAUCAAUCACGGUAUGACGAUGGAACUGGAUCAGCAAGCCGCAUUGGAAAAGUUUAUGAAUCGCCAGGACGAUACGAUUCGUGAAUUCUCUGGCGAGGGACCGCCCCUCGAGCUUGCACCAGACAGGUAUCAUAGUUCCCAAGCGGGACGCGGUGCGCUCACCCCCGCUCCACACCAGUACAAGCUCCGCGUUCAACCCAUGGUGAAGAUUGAGAUACGCUCCGAGACGAUGAAUUACACCGUCACCCGGCCGGCCCUGUCAAUCAUAAAGUUCCCCGACCACCUCCUCCGCGGCCGCAGUACGGGCUUCACCCCGAACGACGUAAUGUACCUGGAGAUGCUGCGCAUGUGUUCGAACAACUACGCUCAAACCGGAACCCCUUCACCCUUGACUAACUCAUGGGUCCGCCGUAGCGUGCUACACGAGGGCGUCGAUAAAGCCCUCCGCACCCACAACUACAACGCGCUCAUAUCGCUCCUGAAACUUGACGAAUACUUCUACCGCUUCCACGUGUCCCGAGAAGGCCGACCUAAGUGUUACAUGUUCCCCUCAGACCACUUCAUAACCGUCACCCAGGUGGGCCGCUUUAGGCCCGAUAGGCCCGAUAGGCAUCAUCUAAACGCAGCCUUCUUCGAAGCGCUCAUCCGUGCCAGCGCAGAAUCGCUCCCCACCAGAGGCCCUGAGAUCCUGCAGUGGGCGCAUGAGAACAUGCGUCUCGCACAGCGCGGCCCAACCCCAUACAAUAACAUCAAUGGAAGGCUGGCGACCUGGGUGGUCAAUUUCAUGCUACGACUGCCGGAACAAAAGGAUUACGUCGAGACUUUCCCGCAGGGCCAAUUGUUUAAUUGUGGUCAGCUGGACACGACGGAUGUCGAGGCUUGUCGGUUCAUUGAGCAAGUGCUUGCGCCGCAGCGUGCGCCGCUGAAGAACUGGCUGGUCGAGUCGCAGUUCCAUGUUGACAAUUGGUGGGUGGAGGAGAGUGAUUCGUUGAAGAAGUGA